UCACAUGACUGUACGAGCACAACGCCUUCAAAUGCGACUCUAAAGUGCGGUCUGAGGGAUCUUAGGUUUGGCAGGGACACUCUUUAACACGGUACAGUAACACAGGGUACUGUACUGUAGUAUGUGAAAUAUGCAUAUGUCAGCAAAACAACUACUCGCGCGCACAGCUGCUGUUCUGGACGAGAGAAGACUCAUGAGCUGCUGGAUGUAACCUGGCUCCAUGAGUGCUAUGAAUGACUCCCUGGAUGAGACACACACCUCUGGCAGCCUCGGGGAGAAAGCGGCCAUAUUUCGGGGAGCGAGAGGCAGUGGGAACGACGUCGGGCCAGCCUUCAUCCCAUUGCGCUCGCCCUUGCAGCCACCCAAUGCUGCGGUCUCCACGCUCUUCAAGGGGGAUAGGAAAGGUAGAGAGGUGGAUGAUACACAAAUGGGACCCGUCCCAAAUCCCUUCCCAGAGUUGCUGCCAUCCACCGUCUCUCUAGUGUCUGAGUGUCUGUUACCCUGGACCAAAGCCAGUGCAACUCAGGUAAUCAAAGUGUACAGCGAAGACAACACCAGCCGAGCGGUGGAGGUGCCCAGUGACAUCACUGCCCGGGACAUCUGCCAGCUGUUCAUCCUGAAGAACCACUGCAUUGAUGACCACAGCUGGACCCUGUUCGAGCAGAUCCCACAUCUGAGUAUCGAGAGAACCAUAGAAGACCAUGAGUCAGUUAUGGAGGUUCAGUCUGGCUGGGGCAUGGACUCACAAUGCUGUCUGUACUUCAGGAAGAAUUAUGCCAAAUACGAGUUCUUCAAGAAGCCUCUUGACUUUUUCCCAGAGCACAUGGUGUCGAUAUCGAGUGAAACCAAUGGAAUCAUGAACCACUCACAACUCAUACAGACCUUCCUCAGUUCCAGUUCUUGUCCUGAGAUUCACGGGUACCUCCACGCCAAAGAGCAUGGCAGGAAAUCAUGGAAGAAGUUCUACUUCGUGUUAAGAAGAUCAGGAUUGUACUUCUCCAACAAGGGCACAUCAAAGGAACCCAGACACUUGCAGUUCAUCGCAGAGUUCAGUGACAGUGACGUCUACACAUUAUUAUCAGCCAAAAAAGUGUACGGCGCCCCGACAGACUACGGCUUCUGCGUGAAGGCAAGCAAGUCCAAUUCUGCACGUGACCUGAAACUGCUCUGUGCGGAUGAUGAGCAAACCAGGACGUGUUGGGUUACAGCCAUGCGCCUCUUCAAGUAUGGCAUGCAGCUUUACCAGAACUUCAUCCAGCCCUAUCAGAAGCAGAAGAGUUCUCCAAUGAGGAGCAUCUCUGAGAACUCACUGGUGGCCAUGGACUUCUCAGGACACAAGAGUCGGGUGAUAGAGAACCCGUCAGAGGCGCUGUCAGUGGCUGUGGAAGAGGGCCUGUCGUGGAGGAGGAAAAGCUGCCACAGACUGAGCUCUCAUGGCAGUCCAUCCGCCUCUCAGAGCUCCAUGUCCAACAUAGCCAUCCAUGUGGCUCAGCCGUGGUUUCACAGCAAACUGUCCCGGGACGAGGCUCAAAAAUUAAUCGCUCAGCAGGGCCUCAUCGAUGGUCUUCCCAGGGUGUUUCUGGUAAGGGACAGCCAAAGUAACCCGAGGACAUUUGUUCUGUCACUGUGCCAUACGCAGAAAAUCAAACACUUUCAGAUUGUACCGGUUGAAGAAAACAGCGAGCUCUUCUACAGUCUGGACGACGGACACACGCGCUUCACUGACCUUCUGCAACUCGUUGAGUUUUACCAGCUGAACAGAGGCGUUCUUCCCUGUAAGCUCAAACAUCACUGUGCCCGCAUCACCCUCUGAGGCUUUCUGGACAUCAGCUUGUGCCUUCGACAGGAAACACACACCGACUUUGUCCUGUGUAGUUUCACUGUCCACCCUCUGAUGAGCAUUAGGGUCUGAACUCUGUGUGUUUGAGAUGGAUGAGUAUUACUAAAGGACUUUUGAGGACCCUAAUAUUCACCAAGGGAUGAUCAUCUGUGGUGCGGCAAUGUAUAACGUACUAGAUCCUGAUACAAACACUCUCAGCGGGGACGAGACCACCUUAUUAAGCUAUCAAUCAAAGCUAAUGUUGAACGGUGUGAACAAACUAAAGUCGGGUGCACAUUGCUACGAUUUUUUCUUGGGUAAAACAUUUCUUUCAGCAUGAAUAAGAUACAAAUUACAACAAAAUUACAAUUAUUAUUGUAUUUAUGUAACAUUUAAUGUAAUAGUUAAUGCAUUCAGAUACAUUUAAUAACAAUGAGCAAUGCAUUUGUUACAGUAUUUAUUAAUCUUUGCUAGUUAAUGAAAUACAGUGGUUCAUUGUUAGCUCAGGUCUGUUAGAAAAUAUUAAAGGGGCUAUAUGUAGAAUUCAGAAACCCUUGUUAUUAGCGACACCGGUGGCCGUUAAGUGAACUGCAGCCAGCUCACACUAGUAUUUUUAGUUAAUUACAUUAAGUGUUACAUUGAAAUGUAAUAAUAAUAAUAAAUCAAAACAAAUUAAAACUAUAUAUAGUUUUAAAAGUUACAUAGAGAAAAUGGCAGCAUGAGAAAAGGCGCUAUACUUCCAGCAGAAGACACAAUCGAUUUCUGAAAGUGUCUAAAAUGUUAAAAAGUCCUGAAAGGUCUACAACCCUUAAAGCUUUUUGUUAGCAAUUAGAAAGUAAACACCCAGUCAAUACUGUCAAUCAUGACCCAAGUUAGAUGAAUAUCGUACAGGUGACUUAAAGUUGACGUUUGCUGCAGAACGGGCAAAGCCGCGCCGUCUUCACUCGGCGUAAUAGAUAGCCAUAAUAAGCUCAAACUGUUGCUGUUUCCAGGGGUUCCUUCUUAUCCUUUAAUCAUGCGUCAGAAAAAUUCAGGUAUUUUAUAAUUGACGUGAUACGUGGUGUUUGUUGGGAGAAAUGUCCUGAUCUGUACCCGCCACCAGCGACCCGUCACAAACGAACAUGCGAACACUUGACGUUAUCGUCUGCUGUGGAACGCAUCACUUCCUCCCGACGACGGCAAACACGGUUUACUCUGAAGAGCUGCACGCAUGGACGAGUGUGUGAGACAAAUCAUGUCACGGCAGAUGGCAGAUCAAACAAUUGAUGUACAUUUGAAAUUGAUUUUUAGAGACACAUGGCGGUGUUAGAAAAACACACACACACACAAACUGGAACAUUUAUAAUAGUAAAACGAUCAAAAAGUGAUCUUUUUCCAGGAGAUGCACAACAUUCAUUUUUUUUUUUUUUUUUAAUGAAAACAAACCUGACAACGCAGAUCUGGCAGAGCUCAUGUAAAAAACGAAUUACCAAGGAUCUGUUUUAAAUAAAGCAUUUCUAGAAUAAAUAAGCUGCACAUUCAUGGAUGUCCAAAUAACUGUCGUGGGCUGCAAUUUCUGUUGUAUAAAUGAACAAUUGGUGUGUUUUCUGCGUCCUCUGAUUUUUUUUUCUGUGUAUGUUUCUUGUAACGAACACGAUAUUAUACAUUGUUUUACAACUGUGUAUUAAAAGAAAUAUUUAAUACAUAAUUGCACUGUAGUUGGGACACUGGUAACUUUUGAUUUCUGAUGUUGAAGCUUAUACAUUAUAUGAUACGAUUUCUCUGACUGUUAGUUUCGUUUUAUUGCUAUUGUUAUUAUUUUUUUAAUAUUUAGAUCUGUUAUUGCUGUCAUAUCCAUCUAGUUCUGAUCAGACUUUUUUUCUACAGCUGUGUGAAUGCUGGAGUGUGUGUGAAUUGUUUUUUACACCCUUAUUUCAUGGUAACUGUACGGUGAAAUCUCACAAAACCUCAAGGACUGGGUCAUAUUUCAUGUGAAAAAUAAAUAUAAAUAGAGGGAAUCAAUUCUAAUUUACAUAAAUCAUUAUUUUAGGAUGAUUACCUCACUAUUACCAUACUUUUCAAUUUAAAGCUGCAUUAAAUUAUUAUUUUUAUGACAAUUAUUUGAAUGCAGAAAAUAUGAUAUUAUAAUGCAUGGUAAUGGUAAUUAUCGUAAAGUAAACUAUUUAUGCAAAAACAUAUUUUUUUUUUAUUUGAUAUUUUUUUAUUCUUGAAGUGAAAUUUGACCUGGACAUGCUUGUGCUUCUGAUUGAAUCGCAGUAUUAAAGCAUCAAACUCAUAGUCAUAUUUCCAGCAGAUCAAAUGUUUUCUCUUCACUAACCGAGUCUCUGUUCAUGAAGAGCAGAUUCACUAUUCAAUGUUUGUUCCUCGUUAUUUUCAGUGCGACACUGAACUAUGUUGUUUAAAUAUGAAACACAUUUUUGUACUUUUAUUUCCUGAUGUUUAAUGACACUGACAGCAAAUAAACUUGAAAAACCUUGUUCCAUCCCAAAA